AUAUUAUUAAUACCCUCAUCCCCCUUUUCCCCACUUUAUUAAUUCCUCUUCCAAAAACAAAAGAUAAAAACAAAAAGAACAAACAAAUAAAAAUCAUGUUGAUGACCCUUUUUUCUCUACACACUGCUCUCUACCUUUCUCUGUCCUUAUUUCUCUUUCUUCUUAAGCUCUUUUUCCCAAUCAUGAUGAGCUUUUGUAGAAAAAGCGUCCACUCUCUUCUGGGUCUCACCGCCGCGUCCGUGGACGCCGCCGAUCACCGCCCUCACAACGUCCUCAAUCCACCGUGGAAGUGCCAAGCCCUAGGCCUAGUCACUGCCACAAGCGAGAUUAUACGACGUCCUUCCCCUAACGUUUUGGAGUCUUCAUCCAUGAUCAGUCAAAAUUCACCACCACCGUCGCCUCCGACGAGGAAAAAGGAUCCCAGGGGAAUCGGGUUCAUCGACGACAUCGGCGGCGGCGUCGACGGGCUUAUGUCGUGCACCGAGAGCCUCGGAUUCGAGAGCUCCGACGAGAGGAGAGUUGACGACGACGAGGAAGAGUUCUCUUUGGUGAGUAAUGAUGAAAGGCCGUGGACGUCGAAGAAAGUGAAAUGGAGGAAGAGGAUGAGCGGAAGUAGUAAGGAGGUGAAGAGGUUUCCGCCGCUGCUUUCUUCGCUUAACCGGAACGGCCAGCCGAGCUUCUUUCUCCGGCCGGUGAGAAAGGACGGGAGGCUGGAGCUGACGGAGGUGAGGAUCAACAGGCCGGAGAUUCUCCGUGCUUACCGCGGAGACGGACGGUUGAGAUUGCACCUCAUACGCGACGACGAGGACGAGGACGAGGACUACAUCGAUGAAGAAGAGAAGCAACAAGAGCAAGGCGAAGAUGAUGAUAUUAGAGAAGAAAAGGUCGAAGAAAGUGUUAUUAGAGAAGAAGACGAGGAAGAAGAGGAGAGAAACGUUAAUGGCGAAGAAUGGAAGAUUCCGGUGAGUUCGACCGGAGACGGUUUCCGACGGUGUCACGACGUUGCGAACCACCACCACCACUUGCAUGUGUGGAGACCGCAUUGCGUGACGACCAGAUGAGGUGCGUUUGUGUUGGCACAAAUUAUCAUCUCACGUGGCGGUGUGAGAAGCAGACAACUAAAAAAUUCAUCAUUUUUCCAACAUUACAAGAGACAACUGUGCUGCUAUACGACGUCGUUUGGAUGUGUUCACUUAGUAUAUGUCUAUGUGGGGUGUUUGAAUAAUAUUGUUACUGCAAAAGGGGAAAAAAAAAUUGAAAAAUUAAAAAAAAAAUCUAAAAUAUCUGGCUAAAUUUAGCGGUUUUUGAUGAGAUGGUCAGUCGAUGUGAACAUCCCGAUGUGGGGAUGAUGAUUUUGGAUCGUCCUCCCAGGGAAUAUGGUUGUGUGUAUAACGGUGGAAUCUCUGCAGAUGGGACAAGUAUUUUACAGAAUUACAGGGUGUGUUGGGCACCGCAAACAGGGGAAAAUUAAAGGAGAAAAAAUAAUGA